CUGAGGCCUGAGAGGACACCUGUGUACAUCGGAGACAAAGUGACAAUGGAGUGCAGAGUUGAGGACAGCAUCACUGACUUGACAUAUCGCUUUCACAAAGUUGGUAACGGACAUAAUUAUGAAGUUAAACAGACCACUGAACGCACUUACACCAUCGAGUCUGUGAGUCAGUCUGACAGUGGAGAAUACCAAUGUGACGUCUACAGAGCUGGUUACCCUCAAGUCUUAGGACUCAGCAAUCGUGUUACACUGACUGUUCAUGAACUCUUCAGUAAGCCCACCCUGAUAGUCGACCCCAGUACCACAUUGUGGGAAGGUGACACUGUGACCCUGAGGUGUCAGUCGGAGAGUAAAGUGCAGGGGACACAACUGAGAUACAAAUUCUACAGAGACCAGGAACCUGUGAGUCAAGGAGCUUCAGAGUCGGAGUUCAGAAUUCCAUCAGCUCGACCAGAGAAGUCCGGCAGUUACUGGUGUGAGGUGGAGGCAGAAGGGAAGAAGACUGAGAAGAAAACAAGUGAGCGAGUGCAGGUGACCGUGAGAGAACACCCAAAGGCCACACUGACACUGAGGAGACACAGAGAUGUGGUGUACACUGGAGACACGGUGACCAUGGACUGUAGAAUUGAUGACAGCUUUACUGUCUGGAGGUAUCAGUGGUACAGAGGGAAUGUGGCAAACAGGGGGAGUCCAACUAAAGAUGUCACUGGACCCACUUACACCAUCCAGUCUGUGACUCAGUCUGACAGGGGACCAUACUGGUGUGAAGCCCAAAGAGAUGAUCCUCCUCAUCGCUCACGUCCCAGUAAUGCUGUUAGUCUGACAGUUAAAGAGUUGUUCAGUAAGCCCAGCCUAAAAGUUGACCCCAAAACCUCAGUGUGGGAAGGUGACGCUGUGACCCUGAGGUGUCAGUCUGAGAGUCGAGUGCAGGAAACACGACUGAGAUACAAAUUCUACAAAGACAAGCAACCUGUGAGUCAAAGAGCUUCAGAGUCAGAGUUCACAAUUCCAUCAGCUCGACCAGAGAAGUCCGGCAGUUACUGGUGUGAGGUGGAGGCAGAAGGGAAGAAGACUGAGAAGAAAACAAGUGAGCGAGUGCAGGUGACCGUGAGAGGACACCCAAAGGCCAGACUGACACUGCAGAGACAGAGAGACGUGAUGUACACUGGAGACACGGUGAUCAUGGACUGCAGCAUUGAUGGCAGCUUUACUGGCUGGAGGUAUCAGUGGUACAGAGGGAAUGUGGCAAACAGGGGGAGUCCAACUAAAGAUGUCACUGGACCCACUUACACCAUCCAGUCUGUGACUCAGUCUGACAGUGGACCAUACUGGUGUGAAGCCCACAGAGAUGAUCCACCUCAUCAUACAUAUCCCAGUAAUGCUGUUAAUCUGAGUGUUAAUGAGCUGUUCACCAAGCCCACCCUGACAGUCCACCCCAGUACCAAAUUGUGGCAAGGUGACGCUGUGACCCUGAGGUGUCAGUCUGAGAGUCAAGUGCAGAGCACACGACUGAGAUACAAAUUCUACCGAGAUGAGGAACCUGUGAGUGAAAGACUUUCAGAGUCGGAGUUCACAAUUCCAUCAGCUCGACCAGAGAAGUCCGUCAGUUACUGGUGUGAGGUGGAGGCAGAAGGGAAGAAGACUGAGAAGAAAACAAGUGAGCGAGUGCAGGUGACCGUGAGAG